AACUUGAUGGGAUCACGGGAGCCAUCUUCUGCUCUAACAAACAAUACACAUGGCGGCAAUUAACCAUACUUGUACGUCCUAGUAGCUACUCUAUAGCAAUACAGCGUCAUCGUCGGAUGUACUACUAGUCUAUAGCAGUACAGAAGAGCAUGCCUUGGAGAGUAGAUUAACUUCACUGUGCUGCUGUAAACAUCCUUCUGCACCACCUGUAUGCAGCUGUAGGUAGGUAGGAACAACAUUCUACUCAGUACUACUAGUAAUUAAGUAACAUUAAUCGCCGUCCUUAAACACUGUAGUUGCAUCUUACACUGCGGGAAUGGGUGGUGAAGAAGGCAGAGCAGGGUGGAGCGAAAUUAACCCUGGUGCAGUCAAAAUUCAUGAUCCGGCCCCUGCAGCCUACCUGCCUGCCGCCAUCCUUCUGCUUCUUGCUCGUCCGUCGGAUCUGAUCCCUAUUGAACCCUUUUUUCUGCACAAGAGAGAGAGAUCAUGGUAGAGAGAGAGAGAGAGAGAGAGAGAGAGAGAGAGAGAUGGAACAUGGGAAGCUUUAGGAUGAGGAGGCUGCGAUCUACUUACUCGAUCCAAGAGUUUCACCACCCUCUCAUGCAUUCCCCCCACAAUCAUUUGCGCCACCCCAUUUGUACAGCCCUUCUCUCUCUCUCUCUCUCUCUCUCUCUCUCUCUCAUGAUCUAUAUAACAUGCGCCCGGCCUUUGCUUGUUGCCUGCAUAUAAUUCUGUUCCUCGCUUGCUUCUCCUUUACUUAUUUAGCUACUCCCCCUCCUCCUUUCCAUCAUCACCUCCACGACGGCUGCCUCCUCCCUUCCUCAAGCUACUACAAAAGACCACAGACAAGCAAGCAAGCAGAGUCACAUCACACCACUGGCUUGGCUAGCUCCCCACCUCACCUCGGGCAAUUCUCACUCGCAUAAACUAUUUCUUGGAUCCCUUGAGAGAGGAUCUAGAGCAGCAGUGGGAUCUGCGCGCGCGCACCAGCUUCCAUGGGCCUCGAUGUCGCGGAAAUCUCUGAAUUGGCGGCGCUCCGGCCGAUCCAGACGGCCGUGAGCGGCGCCCGGGCCACGUCAGUACCGGGGGAGGACGACGGCACUGCCGUUGCCGACACCGGCUGCGUCACGCCGACGGCGAGCGGCGCGCAAUCGGCCAUGGCAGGGGGAGUCGACGACGACGACGCAGCCGCCGACACUGGCUGCGUCACGCCGAGGUCGAGCGGCUUCAUGGUCAUGCUGCCAAUUGCGCCAGUGCAGCAAGACGACGGCGCCGAAGUCGGCUUCGCCACACCGCUGGCCACGGGUGGAGUAAUUGGGCAGCGAGACGGCUGCGCCGCUGCGGGCGACGAGAACAGCUUCACCACGCCGACCACGGCUGACAGCGCGCUGUUGCCGGCGACGGUGUGCCCGCCGGCGCCGCGGAAGUCGGCGCCGGUCCCGACGAGGAAGCGGGCGCCGCUGCAGCAGCGGCUCUUCUUCUACCCGGUGCCGCACGACCUGACCACCGUCUUCGUCGCCGUGCCGCAGUGCGCGCCACCCGCCAAGAAGAUGCGGGCGCACGUGGUGGAGUCAUCUGUGCCUCUAGGCACGUGAGAGGCGCAAUUCGCGCACACGCAUCCUCUGUCUCGUUCAUGUAGUUCAGCACUUCACACGCUGACACGCAUGCUGCUGCUGCGCGCCAUUGUCGCGACCGCGAGUGGACGAAGGAGUUCUUCAGAGAAGCGGAAGCGAGCAAGUCCAUACACGAGCAAGGGCUCUCGAGCUCGAGCGGACGAGCGCACAGACAAGAUGUUGUAGUUGAAUCACUCAACUCCCGUCGGCUCCUCUGAAAUGUGCGUCAAACACACACGGAACCACUACUACCCUACUAGCACUCAAGUUUAGCUCCACCACUCAGCUCUCUCUCUCUCUCUCUGUCUCUCUCUCUCUCUCUCUCUCUCUCUCUCUCUCUCUCCCUCCCUCCCUCCCUCCCUCCCUCUCUCUCUCUCUCUCUCUCUCUCUCUCUAUUGUUUCUCACAUGUACAAAUACACGAGCUGGUUUGGUGACUACCUUGCUGCCUCACACGGUCAAAGUCUGUUCUAUUGUUAAUGCACUACAAGUUUACCUUAUAAAUGAUAGGCAAACAUGGCUAUUUGUAUUUGUAGGCUUGCCGGUUUCCCAAACUGACAUAAACAUGGAGUGUGGCUAGAUCCCAGUUGACUUAA